UAAGUGAGUUUUGAGCAAAGUUCCUUUCUCAGUACAGGGAAAUGUGUCGAAAUGAUUGUCUAUGGUGUUUACACAUAUAAUACAGAUGAAAUGAAUAAACAUUGGGUUGAACAACACUGGUGUAUUCCUAUAAGACAUGACAUAUCUGCAGCAUACAUAUGUAAAUUAAAUGAACAUAGGAUGUGCUAUAAUUGCUUUCACAAUAGACAUUAAUAUGGACAUGUAAUAUUACCAGAUCUGUUCAGAGUACUGUGUGAUGGUAGGUUUUGGUCAGACACACACUUGCAUCUUGGCACGAGUCAAAGUUCCAGCAUGACUAGACAGAGUCAAAGUCAAAGUCAGGCUGGAACGUCUCUUAUCUAUCAGGAUAUUAUAUCACACAGAUACAUCAGACACACACGCAGGCACUGAACUUUGAACAGUGUCAUGUUGAUGAGGUGAUCUGCACAAGAGAUAUAUAAUAAGUACCUACCAAUAGCCUUCAGAGCAUUCUAAACAUCUUUGGUAUCAGGCUGAGCGCUUCUACCAAACUAUUUACCAAUUCGAGGUCAUAGAAAAAACAGAACAUUGUUUUAAUAUCUCACUUCCUGUCUACGUCUUCCCUCAGUAUACAGAUAAGUGAUAACCUCAAUUAUUUGGAAAAAUGACGAUCGGCAAAAGCUCCAAAAAGCAAAAGGCUCCUCGGUCUCCUCCUUUCCUAGACCGGGCCAGUGGAUUCUAUGGACGUUUAGAUGAAAUAGAAACGGAGUUCAGGACAGAAGCGCAGGUCACAGAGAAACAACCAGUGUCUAAGCCUAUGGCAGGAGAAAUGAACAGCAGAGAGCUGCCAGAUGAUCAGGAGCACUGUGUGUUCGAUUUCAGCGAGGGCAUGAUGGAGGACGAUGGGACCACCCUGUUGAAGAGGAAGCCGAGCCGACUGAGCCGGCGUUGGAGCAGGAAAAGCUCCAGGAGGACCAAAUCUGAUAAAUCGUCCCUGGAGAUGGACAUCCAACACACUGAGACUGAGGUGGCUCCUUCUAUUAACCCGAGCCUGGAUGUGCACUUAGAAACUCAGCCUGAAACAUUAUCAGGCAGCAGAGCUCCAGAACCCAUGUUAAUCUACUUCUCUGUAAGAGAGGAAGAUGAUGAUCAGAAGCUCAUUCCUAUAGGAAAGGAGAGACAAAGGGGGAUGAAGGAAAAGAGGAGAGAAGGAGUGGUGGAGGGGAAACCAGAUGCAGAGAACAUGAAGGUCGUUAAAAGGAGUUCUCUUAGGAAUUAUCACAAGGUUUUGGAUAAAGCACUCCGACGAGGAUGGGAGACCUUUGUUGCUAACUUGUACAGUGUGACCCUCUCUCCUGUUUCCUCCUCUGUGUCCUCACCAAGCAAGACUGAAAUGGACAGGAAGGCUGCUCUGGCAGAUUUUAGAUGCUGAUUUAAUUUAAAUAUAAAUUAUCAAUUUCAGUUGUUAAUUGCCUGAAAAUGUGUUUGGUAAUCAUGUAGUAAUUGAUAUUACAUGUAUUUUUUGUAAGCUGUAUUUAUAUUUGAUUUAUCUCCACAAGAAUCACCUUUGUUAGUUAGUUAGUUUGUUUGUUUAUAUUACUGCAGUAUCUAACAUGGAUCUUGUUUAAGGACGGUUUGUGUUCUAUAACCUGAGAAAGCAAGAUUCAUAUCCUGAAAGUACCUGAGGUUGUAGUUUUGGUUCUGACUUGGGUGUAGUACACGAUGAAUUAUGUUACUGCUCAAUAAGCUUUUGUCCGACAGAACAAGAACGAUCUCCCAAAACAUAAUGGAAUCAUUUUAGGAUUUGUUAUGAUUGUUGUGAAACUGAUUGAGCUGAGAACAGUAUUACGGAGGCAGAGCUCAUUGAUGUCAUUUGUCCCUUGACCCUGGGACUAAAACUCCAACACUGGGAGCUCAUAUCUUCUUGGCUUUGAAGUCCAUGACUGAGCCAGCUGAGUUGUUUUUAUUGAUCAUAAACCAUUCAUAAGAAUUAAUGACCUUAUAUGAUCGGGACUACAGAGAAAUAAUAAUAAUAAAAAAAACAUUUUAUUGUAAAAA